CGUGACAGUGGUUUUUAAAGAAAAUCGAUUCAGGACAGGCUUCGGUAUCAAAGGUGUCCGUGCGGAUGCCUGUGCUAAUUUAUGAGAACGUGCGCUCUGUUUGUGUCCGGCUCUGAUAAUACAGUCACGUGGAGAGGAAUAUAAUCGGCAUGUAUUUGUGCGGUGUUCGGUUCUCCCGAGGCCCAGCUUCUCUCAGACGAACCUGCAGUUUAUUCUGGAGACGAGACAAAUGAAGACAGCAUGAAAGAGGUGGAUUAUUAUCGGGAGCAGGGCGGAGAAACUCUGGAUUUAGAAGAAAAACCUGAUAUUAAAACCCUCGGAGUCCAACCGGAGCAGGACGCUAAUGUAAACCAAACCUCUGAUGCCCCACAGCUGUUGGUUAUUAAAAAAGAAGAAGUUUCUCCUGAAUGGAUCCAAACUCUGGAGCAGCAGUACCCAAACCUCCACAUAAAGGAAGAGCAGGAGGAAACGUGGAGCACUCAGGAGGAAAAGCCAACUAAUGGGCUCCUCGUCACUGGUGUUCCAAUAAAGAGUGAAGAUGAUGAUGAUGAUGAUUUGAAACCUCAGUUGUCAGAGCUGCAUCAAAGCCAAAGUUUUAAAAAAGAGGUUAAAGUUGAAGUUAAAAAAGAGGAUGAGCCUCCAAAUAGCAGCUCAGCUAAUCACAUAAAAACAGAAACAGGUGGAGCACCAGAAACGACCAGAAACUCAGAUCCAUGCAGGGAUUCAGAGCUUAAUACUGAUAAACAAGCUUCAGCUGCUUUUGAGGCAGAAGUCAGUGUUGAUGGCAACAACAGUGAUGAUGAUGCUACUGAUGAUGAUGAUGAAUGGGAGGAACCUUUGUCCAACUGUCGACCUAAAACUAAAGACAGAGACAGUAAUUGGAAGGAGUCAGAUUCAAAUCCUGCUAAAACAUCCUUCAGCUGCUCCGAGUGCGGUGAAAACUUUCUCUCCAAGCAGUCUCUUCAGAAUCACAUGACAAGUCAUUCAGGAAGAACAUCUUCCAGCCGUCUGCUUAAUAAGAAAUACUCCAGAGUGAAGCAGAAAGCAGAUUCAAAAAAGAGCGUCGACAAAGCAGAGAAACGAUACGUCUGCAAUGACUGCGGACACAGAUUCAGACAUCGCUUUAAUCUUAAAAGACACAUGAGAGUCCACACAGGAGAGAAUCCUUUUAGUUGUGACAUUUUUGGUAGAAGAUUUAAACAGCAGUGCAGUCUCAAAAGACACACCAGACGCCACAAAGGAGAGAAAUCAUUUAAUUGUGAUGUUUGUGAUAAAAGAUUUAAUGUAAAGGAUGAUCUCAGGCAACACAUGAACUGCCACACAGGAGAGAAACCGUUUGGCUGUCAGCUUUGUGGAAAAACCUACAGAGCUCAAUGUGGGCUUAAGAGGCACAUGAUAGUCCACUCAGGAGAGAGACCGUUCCACUGUGAUAUUUGUGGUAAAACAUUUAAUGAAAAGAAGUCGCUUAGUAAACAUGGAAUAAUUCACACAGGAGAGAAACCAUUCGGUUGUGAUGUUUGUGGUAAAAAAUUUAGACAUCAGUGUAACGUUAAAACACAUAUGAGAAUCCACACAGGAGAGAAACCAUUUGGUUGUGAUAAGUGUGAACGGAAAUUUAACCAAAGUGUGCUUCUUAAGAAACACAUGAAAGUUCACACUGAGGAGAGUUCUUUAUAAGGGGCAGGUUAGCUGGCUCGAGAAAACCAAAACUCCUGUUUGAAGGUGACGGGGUUUAGAUAUGUGAAAGUAACUGAUAUCAGGACAUCAGUUAUUGACCUUCUUUGUUAACCCAGGCUUGUUGCUUCAGGAUCUCUGAGCGCUCACUGAAAAGGUGGUGUUUGACAUGUCAUUUCAUCCUUCUUUCAUAUAAAAUCAACCAAUUGAGCACUGCCUGCCUGCUUAAAUCAGAGACUUCAGGGGAACGGUAUAAAA